CUGAACUCGGUAUUUCCAAUUUUCUACGUCAUCUCCCUCCAAAACUUCUGAUAUUCUAGUUCCCCAGUUUGCUAAAGACACCGAAUCUUGGCUAGGGUUCAGGGUUUUGUAAGAUGAAAACAAUGGGAAGGUACAGAAGCCGUAGUCGGAGCUACAGCCCUGUGAGAAACAAUCGCUACGAUGACCGUCGCGACCGGCGUGGAGACCGCCGUUCUCCUGCUCCCUCUGGCCUUCUCGUCCGAAAUAUCUCUCUCAAGUCCAGGCCAGAAGAUCUCAGAGUCCAUUUUGAGCAUUUUGGUCCACUAAGAGAUGUUUAUUUACCAAAAAAUUACUACACUGGAGAACCACGUGGCUUUGGCUUUGUGAAGUUUCGUUAUCCCGAAGAUGCCGCUGAAGCAAAGAAAUACUUAAAUCAUACUGUCAUUGAUGGGCGUGAAAUUCAAAUUGUAUUUGCUGAUGAAAAUAGAAAGACUCCACAGGAAAUGCGUAGGAUUUCAAACACAAAUGGUCGACGGAGCUCCAGAAGACACAGUCCUUCAAGAUCCCCUCGGCGGAGAUAUCGCUCCUAUUCGCGCUCACCCACCCCAACACGACAAGAUUUGAGAGACAGAGAUCGUCAUGGAAGGGGUGACUACUCUUCUCCAAGGAGAUCCAGAUCACUAUCAAGAUCUCUCUCCCCUAGGGGUGACAGGUCAAUAGAAAGGAGGGCAAGGCGGUCCAGAUCCAUACCCCAGCCUGUUUCUCCACAUGGUGACAGGAAUGGUAAAAUUCAAAGUCCAAAAACUAAAUGUCAGGCUCCCCAUGGUGAGGAUAAUGCUCUGAAGCAGUCUGAGAGUCCAAGAGAGAAUUCACGCAGUUGAUCAGAGUCUCAUACUAGAUCCUACAGGAAUCUAUGGCUCUUAUUGAGUGAUGCCAUUUCUUUCGUGCUUUGAUUGACAAGUUCAAAGGGCCAUUGACACUGUUGCUGUGUUCUGUGCAGUUCUCUUUGACAGCUGUUUUAUUCUGGCGAUACCCCCUCAUAGCCUUUGCUGAAGUAUAUAUGUGCUCUCUUAUCUAGCCGACAUGUCUGAAGCUAUGAAGCAUUGUUGAUUCAUGACUUUAGUUCGACUGCCUUGUAUCUGUUUUUGGGAACUCGUUUCAUGAGAAUGUAAAUCUCACUAAGAGGUGCAACCUUUAUUUUAUGCUAUCUACCAUCGCUCGUUAUAACUUUGAGUUAAUUUUGCUGUUAUUUAUGUUUUAAUUUACACUCCUUAUUUGUAUACUUGUGAAGUAUACUUUUAUGUUUCCAUGUGACUCGAUUCAAGUGUUGAGUUAAAAGACGAGAUUGCAGUAA